AUGGUCAAGGCUGCGGAAGCGUGGGCGUGGGUGGGUGUGGUCCUAGCUGUAGCGGUGUUGCGCUAUGUCUCCAGGGCGCUACAGCUGGGCAGUCUUCGGAACUUACAACUAGAAGACCUCGCAAUGGCCGUGACGGUUAUAUUCUACAUACUGCUCACCGUUUUUCUGAUCGAAGUCGACAAGCAUGGCACGAAUGGAGUCCCCCCGAGUGAAUUCGAUGCCCUGGAUCCAGCGACUUUCCCGGACCGCAUCGUCGGCAGCAAAAUGGUCGUUGCGGUCGAGCAGUUCUGGCUGCUUGUCGUCUGGGGAUGCAAGUUGUGUCUACUCUUGCUCUACUCGGCUAUGACUUCCGGGCUCUGGCAACACCGCUUCGUCAAGAUCAUCGGCGCCAUCUGCGUCUCGUCCUUCGUCCUCAUCGAGAUCCUCUUCUUCGCCGGCUGGUGCCGUCCCUUCUCGGCCUACUGGUCCAUCCCAGCCAAGAGCCAGCAAUGCUCUGUCUACACAAACCACGUCAUCAUCACUCUCGCCUUCAACGUAACAACCGACAUCAUGAUCAUGGCCAUCCCGCUCCCACUCCUCAUCCGCGCGAAACUCUCCCUCUCCAAGAAAAUCAUCCUCUGCGCCGUCUUCUCCCUCGGCACUUUCGUCAUCCUCUGCUCCAUCCUCUCAAAAUGGUACUCCAUCUCCAAGCCCUACGGCAUGGAAUGGAUCGACUGGUACGUCCGCGAAGCCGCCACGGCCGUCAUCGUCACCAACAUCCCGCAGACCUGGACGCUGUGCCGUCGUCUGUUUAACUGGAAUUCCUUCCUGCACCACUCAUCCUACAACAACAAUACCCACGCCCGCAGCGGCAAUAAGUAUUCCGCCGGUAGUCGUCUGUACAGUUCGACCACCCGGCUCUCGCGGUUUCGGCGCGGCGAAGGCAGUGCGUACAAGUCGCAGCUUCGAUCGACGGCGGAUGAUCCUGGCGGGUCUGCGGAGAACUUCGCGCAGGACCAGCGUCUGGAGAUUUGGGCGCAUCGCCAGUUCGAUGUUACGAAUGAGGCGGCGGUCGUGGUUGAUGAGCGGCGUAGUGAGAGUGUCAGCCUGAGUGGUAGUACGAAUAACAGUCUGGACUUUGACGCUGUAGGGGGGCAGUCUGGCCCGAUCAAGACGACGGUGACGGUCAAGCAGCAGAAAGACUAG